ACACAAUCGGAAGAGUUCCCUCUGGUCUUUUUCGGCGGCGGCGCUUGAAGCUUUACUCCGGUUUCCAACUCCGACGUAGGGUUGUAAAUUUUACUCUCUCUCUCUCUCUCGAGAGAUGGGUGGCAAAGGACUACGGAGGAGAGAGCGGAAUUACAGAGCCGCACAUGGAGGCUAUGAUCGUCUCCCACCGCCGCCGAACGCUUCCCAAGUCGAUACUCUGCCUUCCAAACUCCGCAAAUUAAUGACCUUCACUUCCCCUCGACCUCAAGAGUCUGAGAAGGUCUCGGAGGAUGUUCAGCGUAAGCGCAAGAGAGAAGCCGUUGAUACUGAAAAGAAAUACCAUCCAAAAGAAGCUCCGGGAAAAUCUGACUUAAAGAGCAAAGGUAAUGGUGGAAAUUCACAAAUGCCUCAGCUUACGGGGAGUGAUGAUGACGUUCAAAGCAAGUUCAGUGAGAAGAAAAACAAAAAACGAAAGAAAAAGCAGGUUACUGACCUUCGUUUUGAAGACUUGUCGGAGAAUUCAAAUCGACGUUUAAAGAAACGGGAACGCCAGAAAAAAUAUCACGAGGCUAAGAAAAAUAAACACAAAAAAGGCAAGACAGACGAGGAUCUAGACUUCCCAAGACAUGAAAAAAUAAAAUUUGGUGACGUGGUUGAAGCUCCAUUGAAGUUGACUGCAGUUCCGAAGGCGUUUAAAUCUGCACAAGUUGCUUCUCAAGAGAGGAAGCGAUUGCAGGCUAUAACUGAAUAUAGAAACCGCAAGGGAUGGACCUCAAGGCCAGGGUUGCAAAUACCUUCAAUGACUAUAUCACCAGCUGUUUAAUUCUCAGCAUUCUUAGUUGGCAGCUGGAUUUGCAUUAAUGAUGGUGGUUGUGUUGGGGCAGCAGCCAGAUUUUGUUCCAUUAGGGGUGGCGAUAAGCUGGCAAUGGGAUUCUCACGCCGCAUCACUAGCCCCAAAGAGUUGGUGGAGAGUUAUCAGAAUAUUGUCUAAAAGGGAAGAUUUGUUCUAUAAAUUACCAAGCAAUCAACUCAGAAACCAAAGGUCAGAUUCUGAAAAUCUUAUCAGAAACAGAUUCUGUGACGAAAGCUAACCUACCAUCUUAUGCUCUUCUUUUACUUCAUAUGAGAUUAAUAGGUUUCUUAUGGAUCCAAUGUUUUCUUUUUAUCGUUUAUUGAUGUAUGAAUUUGAUAAAACAUUAGGUAUUUCUAUUUGAAUUAUAAUGGUAACGUAAA